AUGCAAGCGGACGUGGGCGCCGGGCUGGUCCCGCUCUUCCUGUGCGCGACGGUCGGGACCACUCAGACGACGGCCGUGGACCCUAUCCAAGAGCUGUACGCCAUCGCGGCGACGCACGGUGUCUGGGUCCACGUGGAUGCGGCCUACGCGGGCUCGGCGCUCGUCUGCCCGGAGUUCCGCCACUUGAUCGACGGCGCCGAUGCCGUGGACUCGUUCAGCAUGAAUGCUCACAAGUGGCUUCUGGCCAACAACGACUGCUGCGUUCUGUGGGUGAAGAAGCCAUCGCUGCUCAUCGCAGCGCUCGGCACUGAGCAGGAGUACAUCCUCAAAGACGCGGCCGCUGAGGGGCACGACGUCGUGGACUAUAAGGAUUGGUGUGUGACGCUGACCCGCCGGUUCCGCGCGCUGAAACUGUGGCUCGUGCUCCGCUGCUAA